UCUUCUUGUAAAUGAAUGUACGUAACAUUAAAGCUAGAGUUGUUCUGAAAAGAAAUUUACUUCUUUGAUUGAUUAUCACAUUACAGAACAGAGAUGCUGUCACCAGAUGAUGCAAGAACGUUUACCAAUAAGCUACACAGAUUAAAAGGGGAUCUUGAUUACUUCAUUGGAAGAAUUGAAGCGCCAUACAAUGACCCCUCGGAGACAGAUAAAAGACGAUAUUGUUCCGUGAUAAUCGAGAUGAUGGAAUUUGUUGUCAGGAGGAUAGAACAUCUUCCACCAGAAAUCAGUCUUCCUGAAACAAAAUACAAAACGUGGGAUUCCACCAUUCAGAAUCUCAGAAGAGAGAAUGCUAAUCUUAAAGAACAACUAAAUGAGGAAAAAGAAAAACUCAAGAAACUGCGGCAUAGUCGAUUGGCUGAAGAACAUUCCUCAAAAAUUGAAGAAUUAAAAUCGAAAAUAAACAGACUGCAAAAAGAUCUAGACAAAGAAAAGUCUAACUCUAGAAGAACCAUUACACCAUUUGGAAACCACAGGAACAUGAAGAGAGUGGGCACGUCUCGCGAGGUUUUGGAGGUAGAAAACAUACAAGGAUAUGACGCCAAGGAGCGCGAAGUGGAACUCGAAGCAGAAAAUGGAAUACUGAAAAGUCAAAUUCAAGAAUUGAAACAUUUCUCUCAAAAUCUGGAAACUGAGAGAAAAGCGCUUCUCGAUAGGUUGAGUGAGCUCUCUACUACUAAACCUGUAAUUAAAAAUUCAGCCAAAGAACCUCGUCAAGUGGAGUCUAAAACGUCCUCUUCAGUAUCGAGGCGUUACAGCGACCUUUUCUCGAAAGACUGGUCGUCAGCCUACAGAGUUCUGAUGACCGUAUUGAAAACUGAUCGCAAAGUAGCAUUUCUACUGCUACAGUGCCUUAUAAAUGCAUUUAACAUAUGCAAAAGCAAAGCAGACCAGCAGCGUCGAAAGCUCCAUGAGGAGAAUCUCACAGAAGGACUUCUGGACCCCAACCUUAUCAAGGACACACCAAGACAGAUCAUAGAAAUGCAGGUGAAAAGCGCACCAGAAACGCUCCCAGAAAUUACUCAGAUAUGUCGAGACAGAAUUUCAAAACUCAGCUCAUAUCCACCGGAAGUGACUCAGUAUGUUGACAGCUGUGCAGAAAUCUGUUGGUUUAUGGUUAUUCAAAAUCCACCAUUUUCUCUGUCUUGGGAAGCGCCCCCUGGUGAGAUGGUUGACACAUCUAAGUUUAAUUUCUACAGGACGAGCGGAAGAUACGUGGAUUUUGUCGUGUGGCCAGUUCUUUAUGACCAAAACGGAAGCACUGUGAUCGCUAAAGGAGUGGUGCAGGGACGAAACUGAUGCCUAUAUAAACAUAUUCUUUUCUCAAUGUUUUGAUAGCUAUAUACAUGUAUCUAUUUCAGUCAGACAAUUCUGUGUGACUAGAAGGUCUUUCUUGUAAACAAUACUAAUUUUCAAUCAUAAAAUACA